AUGGGGGGCAUCAUAGCAGCACGAAUUUGCCAUGUUGCCGAGCCAAUGCCCAGACCACAGCAGUCCGGAUUCCGCCCAUCCCACCCUACGUUGAGCCAACUGACGCACCCUCGAGGUACCAUGCAUCGCCCGACCCGCGGCGAUGCAACAGCAGAAGCGUUUGCGGACGGCGUUAAAACAUUCGGCACAGCAGAUAAGGAUAAAAACGCACUUGAAAUCCGACGGCCCACAACACCGGAACGUAUGAUGCCUUGGUCGCUAUAUUUUUUCUGCGCAAUAGAACGGCAGGAGUUCGCGUAA